UAAAGGAGAAGACCAGACUGUUAGUCAGUCUACAGAAUUUAUUUUUGAUGGGUUUUUUUGUUUGCUUUUUUGCAUUAUUUUCACAAUUUUUGCUGUGAUUUGAAUGCAUCUUUUUCUUGUGUAUGAAUUCCAUUUGUUUUUCUCACCUUCUGAGACUUUAAACCUCUGUAACCGGGCUGCUUUUAUGGACUGAUCAUGGAUAUCUUCAGCUACUCACCGUCCAGUUAAAAAGUAUAAACUGCAACAUACCAGUUGAUUAAAACACCAACAAAUCAGCUCAGUGCAUCUGCUGAAAAUCCAUCAGAUUUCAAUAAAGGCAGACAAUGAAGCCCAUGACUGCCACCUUCUGGACAGUAGCCAUGUUGGUGAGACUCCAGCUGAUUGCUUCAUCACCUGACAACAUCGUAGACUUCUCAUCCAAAAAUCUCUCUUCUGUCCCAAGAGACCUGCCACAGAAGGUUGAGUUUUUAGACCUUUCAUGCAACCGCAUACAGCAACUCCACCGAGAAGAUUUCCAAAACACCACUCUCCUGAGGUUCCUGAAUGUUUCAUGGAAUAGUCUGGAGGAGAUCGAUCCAGAGACGUUCUUCCACACGUCACACCUGGAGAUUCUGGACCUGUCCCACAACAGGCUGAAGAACCUGUCAGGUCAGCAUUACCUGCUACACACGAGGAAUCUCGUGGUCCUUAACCUAGCCGGUAACAGUUUUCUCACCAUGACACUGGGGACUGGCUUCAGUAACUUGAUAAAUCUGGAGAUAUUAGCAGUUGGAGCAAAAAACAUCAGCAUGGGUGAUUUCAAGAACAUUGCUGAAGUGAAACUACAUACAAUGACCCUUUCACUGGAAGAUGAACUUGGUUAUGAAGCAGGCAGCCUGAAGGAUGUUCAUGCUGAUAAGCUUCAGAUAGCCUUCACAUGUAAUGAAAUAAUGAACCAUGAUCUGAUCACUGAUGCUCUGUUACUCUUUGAUGAAGUGGAAUUGAUGAAUUUGACAGAUGGCUACAGAGACCUAAGUGAGCAGCUGCAGAAAGUAACACCUCGCACUUCUCAUCUUUAUCUCACCAACAUAAUAAUUAAAUGGCAAGAUUUGACUACUUUUGUAAAUGUGAGUCUGAAAACAUCUAUUACCCACCUGUGCAUCACUGAUGUGGCCCUCACCAAUUUGCCUAGUGAAGACACUGAUAUGAACCUGACAUCUAAUAUGACAUCCUUCACUGUCAGAAGAGCAGUGGUGAAGUCCUUCUUGUUUUCACAGGAAGCUGUAUACAACUUUUUUAUCAGCUUGCCAGUGAAGAGUUUAGCAAUGCUAGAGACUUCAGUCAUACACAUGACAUGUCCAAAAUCACAAAGUCCACUCUCCCACCUGGACUUUUCCAAUUGUGCUUUGUCUGACACUAUCUUCUCCAGAGUGGAGGGUCAGGAAACUGUUGAAUGUGAGGAUCUGGGCAAUGUGACGAAAUUGAUUCUGGCCAAUAACAAUCUUAAGAGUCUUCAUUUGGUGAGCAAACGUGUACAAUACAUGAGAUCCUUGCAACAUCUGGACCUCAGCCUCAACUCCCUGGUUUAUGAUGGCCUGGCAGAAUGUGCCUGGCCACCAAACAUCACCAGUAUGAUUCUGUCUUCUAAUGGUCUGACAGACUCCAUUUUUAAAUGUCUACCAAAAGGAAUAAAGACUCUGGACCUCCAGAACAACCAGGUUUCUGCAGUACCAUCAUCCACUUUGCAAAUGAAAAACCUUACAUCUCUGAAUCUAAAUACUAACAGGCUUCUGGACCUGCCUGUAUGUAACAGUUUCCCCAUAGUGGAGGUGCUUCUGCUAAAAUCAAAUUCCCUCCAUGCCCCAUCUGUGAACAAGCUCAACAGCUGUCCCAAACUGCAAACCUUGGAUGUCAGUCACAACCCCUUUACCUGCACCUGCGCUCUAAGAGGUUUCAUUAGUCUUGGUAUCAAAUCUGAAAUGAAUGAAAUUCACACAAGAAUCAAUAUGUCGGACUGGCCACUGGGCUAUUACUGCACCUACCCAGAGGCCCUUAGAGACUCUACCCUGAAACACAUCUGGAUCCCAGAGGUCCAGUGCAAUACUGGCCUUCUAGUAGCCACCAUCUUGUGCCCAGCGGUGGCAAUAAUUAUUGGAACUGUGAUUCUGUGCCAUCAUCUGGAUGCUCUCUGGUACAUGAGCAUGAUCUGGCAAUGGACCAGAGCCAAACAUCGUGCCAGAACACAACACAUUCGACCUGAAGACCUGGUGGGUGUUGAGUUUCAUGCUUUUGUGUCUUACAGCCAGCAUGACACAGACUGGGUGCACAACACCCUCCUUCCCAACCUUGAAGGUCCUUUAGGAGGACUCAGAAUCAGCCAUCAUGAGAAGAACUUUGUUCCUGGAAAGUCAAUCAUUGAGAACAUCAUCAGCUGUGUAGAGAAAAGCCGACGAUCCAUGUUUGUUCUCUCUGCUCACUUCAUCAAGAGCGAGUGGUGCCACUACGAGCUGUACUUCGCCAGCCACCAACGUGUUUCUCGGGGAUCAGACAGUGUUGUGCUGGUGCUGCUCGAGCCUCUGCCUCAAUACCUGAUCCCAUCAAAGUACUACCAGCUCAAGUCCAUGAUGAGCAGGCACACCUAUUUGGAGUGGCCACAGGACAGAGCCAAGCAUAGGCUGUUCUGGGCUAACCUCAGAGCUGCUCUUCAGGCAGACCUGCCAAACGCAUCAGCCACAGAAAUAGAUGAGUGACUGUGGUGGAGAGAGUUGAAAAGGGGGGGAACAGAGCAGGAGGAAAAACAUACUGUUAGUGUACAUAUAUAUAUUUUCGGUACAUUAACAUGAACAUACUUUCUUGAGCUAAAGGUUUUAAUCUUGUACUGACCUAAAGAUGAACU